AUGCAACGUUCAGUUUCCUCCACCAAGAAUAUCUACCGCCACCUCCUCCACUGCCACAGGUCACCCACUCCAGCCACCCUCACAUACCAGCAGCCACCUUGUGAUGUUUUUAUCAACCACCGUGGAAUUGACACAAAGAAAAACGUUGCCGGACUUCUGUAUGAUCAUCUCAUGAGGUCAAAUUUUAGGCCUUUCUUGGACAGCAAGAACAUGAAACCAGGGGAUAAAUUGUUCGAUAAAAUCGACACUGCCAUCCGUGGAUGUAAAGUCGGGGUUGCGGUUUUUUCUCCCCGGUAUUGUCAAUCGUAUUUUUGCUUGCAUGAAUUGGUUCGUAUAAUGGAGGCUAAGAAGAAGGUUAUACCGAUUUUCAUUGACGUUAAACCAUCUGAGCUUAUCGUUAAGGACCACUGGAGGGCGCCGAAACACGAGCUAGAUAGGUUCAAAUCGGCUCUCGAGGAGGCUAAGUACACUGUUGGGCUUACAUUUGAUUCAUCAAACGGGGACUGGCCGGAAUUUCUUAUGAGCGCCACCGAUGCCAUCAUCGAGAACAUGAUAGAGGUGGAAGAAGAAGAAAAUAUAUCAAAAAAGAAAAUCUAA